GUCUUAAGUCAGUUUUAAUUUUAAAACAUUUAGCUUGAAGAUAUAAAUCAACAAGACAUCCGUACGCUUACGCAGGCUAAUCUUCGAAGCACAUGAAUGAAUUCAGACAAAUUCAGUCGAUGAUCGAAUUCAUCGACCGUGAGGCUCAAGAAAAAGUUGACGAAUUGGAAUGCGCGGCGCAAGAGGAAUACGAUAUCGAAAAAAUGCGGUUGGUAGAGGGGGAAAAGUUGAAAAUACGCCAAAAUCUUGAGAAGAAAAAAAAACAAGUUGAUGUAGACCGCCGAGUGGCUCGAGCAAACGAUACUAAAAUGCAGCGUAUGCGGGUAAUGGAAGAGCGAGCUAAAAUUAUGGAAGUACUUUACAAUGAAACUCGAAAGAAGAUAGAAGCAAUCGUGGCCAAUCCUAGCACCUACAGACCUCUGCUUGUCAAUCUUGUUCGCCAGUCGAUACUUGCUAUUCAGACAGACGCCGUUAUUCAGUGUCGCAAGGAAGAUGAGGUUGAAAUCCAUCAAAUGCUAAGUGAUUUGGUGAGCUGGUAUCAAACCAAGACCGGGUCGUCUAUUUCUCUUCAAAUCAGUAACAAAUAUCUCAACACCGAAGAUGCGUGGGGGGGCGUUGUGGUCAGCUCAGUCGACGGUCGCAUUAUAUGCGGCAAUACACUAUCAUAUCGCGCUGCCACUUCCUUUGAAGAACAGCUUCCCAUUAUACGUUUCUACCUUUUUAACCCCGAGGCCACCAUUUGAUGAUAGGAUAACAUCAUACAAAACUACAGAUCUUUCCAGCUGUGUUUCUUAUAGUUUUUACACUUUUUUUAUUAAUCAAGUAUGCCAAACGUGAACGAUUUUGGAGUCUUACGCUGGCCUCUUAGGUCGAUCUCAGUCGGUUACCGUUAAGUGUUUCCCAUUAGUACAAUGUGUGUGUCUGGUUAGAUAUUUAUGCAUUAUUCGGGUUCACGUGGA